AUGGAGGUUGGUGAGAGUAGCAAGUCACGUAGGUCUAAGCGUGGUGCUGUGAUGAAUGACCGUGCAAGGAAGAGGCGAAUGGCAGAUGUUGGUCAUAUUGGUACAUCCGACGACGUAGCUGGGGCAGGGGCAGGGGCAGGGGCACAGGCAGGGGCAGAGGAUAUUGAAUAUUUUAGUGUUGGUUCUCCUGACUUAGUGUGUGAAUAUUGUGGUGCAAUUUUUUGGUAUUCUGAGCGGCUUAAAUCCAAUACUGCAAGGAGGCCUAUGUAUUCUGUGUGUUGUCGUGGUGGAAAGAUCAGUCUUCCGUUGUUGAAGGAGACUCCUGCGUUGCUUACUGAGUUAAUGGAUUGUGGAGGGUUGGGCAGGAGUAAGGGGUUUCGUAGACAUAUAAGAGUUUACAAUGCAAUGUUUGCGUUUACCUCCCUUGGUAGUAGAAUUGAUACAACUUUGAAUGACUCUUUUGGUCCGUAUGUCUUUAGGCUUGGUGGGCAGAAUUAUCAUCGCAUUGGGUCUUUGCUGCCAGCUCAUGGAGACUCUCCCAAAUUUGCGCAGUUAUAUGUUCACGACACUGAGCAUGAAGUAUUUAAUAGGAUGAUGGUUGUUGGAUCAGUAGAUAAUGAUUCAAUAGAUGAGGAUAUUGUCAAGCAGUUGAUUAUCAUGUUUGAUGGUAUCAAUGAUAUUGCGAAGGCUUUUCGUAUGGCCAGGGAUAGAUUUGCUGAAUCUGAUGUUAGGCCUAUUAGAUUGAGGUUGUGUGCUAGCAGGCAAGGAGAUGGUGUGCAGUAUGAUAUGCCUGUUGUAUCAGAGAUUGCUGGACUCAUUGUGGGUGACUUUGGCCAUGCUUUUGAGCAUAGAGAUAUCAUUGUGGAGGACAGAGUUGAUGGGUUGAAACGUGUUGAUGAAAUGCAUCCAAGUUUCAUGGCAAUGCAAUACCCUCUUCUAUUUCCAUAUGGUGAGGAUGGUUACUCAAAAGAUCUUAAAUAUCAGGAUAUGAUUGCUAGAAGGCCUACGGAAAGAACAUGUAUGACCAUGAGGGAAUACUACGCAUAUAGAUUGCAACAAAGACAUGGUGAAGGGCAGACAUUAAUUCGUGGUGGUAGGUUAUUCCAGCAGUAUAUUGUUGAUGCAUAUGCAUGUGUUGAGGAGCAAAGGUUAUGUUUUAUCCGUCACAACCAGAAAAAAUUGAGGGCAGAAGGAUAUCAGGGGAUAUGUGAUGCAUAUGCGAAUGGAAAUGUUGCUGGUAGUAAUGUUGGGAAGAGGAUUGUGUUACCAUCAAGUUUUACUGGAGGUCCACGUUACAUGAUGCAAAACUACCAUGAUGCUAUGGCCAUUUGCAAAUUUUACGGUUACCCAGAUUUUUUCGUUACAUUUACAUGCAACUCACAGUGGUCUGAGAUAGUGGAUGCGUUGAGACUUAUUCCAGGGCAGAGAAUAGAGGAUCGACCAGAUAUAGUUGCAAGAGUUUUUAAGAUGAAAGUUGAUGGUCUACUGUCAGAUAUACGAUCAGGUAAGUAUCUUGGUCAAACUGUUGCUGUGGUUUAUACUGUUGAAUUCCAAAAACGUGGUUUGCCACACGUGCAUAUGGUUAUUUGGUGUCGUCCAGAGGAUAAAUGCUUGACUCCUACUGAUGUGGAUAAAGUUAUCUCUGCUGAAAUUCCAGAUGAGCUUGCAGAGCCUAGGUUAUGUGGUUUGGUUGGGAAGUUUAUGGUGCAUGGUCCAUGUGGUGUUGUUAGGCCAUUGUCACCGUGCAUGUCUGGUGGUCGUUGUAAAAAACACUUCCCAAAGCCUUUCCAUACAGAGACAACUAUUGAUGACAAUGGUUUUGCUGUUUAUAGGCGCCGAGAUAAUGGGAGGACAAUCAUGAAGAAUGGUCAUCCAGUGGAUAACAGGUCUGUGGUUCCUUAUUGCAAGUCUUUGCUGCUGCGAUAUCAAGCCCACAUUAAUGUUGAAUGGUGUAAUAAAUCUCGGGCUAUCAAAUAUCUUUUCAAAUAUAUAAAUAAAGGGCCAGAUAGAGUCAGGGCUGUUUUGGAGUCAGAUGGCCAGCAGAGAGCAGUACUUGAUGAAAUACAGAAAUAUCUUGAUUGUAGGUAUUUGGCGGCAUAUGAAUCAGUGUGGCGGCUUUUUGAGUAUCAUAUUCACUUUAGAUAUCCAUCUGUUCAACGUUUGCCCAUUCACUUGCCUCGCAUGCAAAAUGUUUACUAUGAUGAUGAAAGAAGUUUGUCAAGUAUUAUUAACCAGUCUGCUAUUGAGAAAACAAUGUUUACCGAAUGGAUGCAUGCUAACUCUCUGUAUAGUGAGGCAAGAAGAUUAACCUAUGGUUUAUUUCCUUCGGAGUGGGUUUGGGAUGACAGACAGAAGGAAUGGACACCAAGAAAGCGAGGUCAGUCAAUUGGUCGAAUGUCAUAUGUCCAUCCAAAUUCAGGUGAGUUAUACUAUCUUCGUAUGUUACUAAAUGUUCAAAAUGGGCCUAAAAAUUAUGCUGAGAUUAGAACAGUUGGUGGGUUCAUUCAUCCUACAUUCCAGUCAGCAUGUAUGGCUCUUGGUUUGCUUGGAGAUGAUAAAGAGUGGCACGAUGCAUUGGAUGAGGCAUCCGUUUUUGCAACAGGAGUCCAGCUGAGGCAACUAUUUGUCACAUUGGUUAUUUUCUGCAAUGUCAGUGAACCAUUGAGACUUUGGGACAGCAACUGGAGACUGUUCCAAGAUGAUAUCCUGUAUAAAUUAAGAAGACAGCUAGAUUUGCCAUGUUUAAGCUUGCCUGAGCAUGAAUUGAAGAACUAUAUUUUGUUUGAGCUUGAAAUGUUAUUCAACAGAGCUGCCACAUCCCUUGCUGCUUAUAAUUUGCCAAUGCCGCAGGGACAGCUUUUGGAUGAACUAAAUAAUCGUCUUUUGAGGGAAGAGAUGAAUUAUGAUGUUCAUCAGCUAAGGGAUGAAUGUAGGGAGUUGGAAGAUCACUUGAAUGAAGAACAGAAGACUAUAUAUGAUGUGGUUGUGGAGAAAGUCAUAAAUCAGGCAGGCGGUUUGUAUUUCGUAUAUGGACAUGGAGGAACUGGAAAGACAUUCUUAUAUCAAACAAUAAUUGCAAAAGUUAGGUCUACAGGGAGAAUUGUCCUUGCUGUUGCAUCCUCUGGCAUAGCAUCGUUGUUGCUUCCUGGUGGUCGCACAGCACACUCUCGAUUUAAGAUUCCAAUCCAAGUUGAUGAGAGUUCAACAUGUCAUAUCAAAAAGGGAACACAACUUGCAAGAUUAAUAAUGAAGGCAAGUCUUAUUGUGUGGGAUGAAGCUCCCAUGGCUCACAGACAUUGCUUUGAAGCUCUUGAUAGAACAUUGCAAGACAUAAUGAACAUUGAUGGUGCACAAGGAUGUUCAACCCCGUUUGGUGGUAAGACUGUAUUGUUGGGGGGUGAUUUUAGACAGAUUCUGCCUGUUGUUUUGAAUGGCACGAGGUCUGAUACAGUCAAUGCAUCUCUUACGAGAUCUUAUCUGUGGCAGUGUUGUAAGGUAUACAUGCUAAGGCAAAAUAUGCGGUUGCAUGCAACAGGACUCACUACAGAUGAGAGGGAUUCAAUGUCAAAAUUCGCAGAGUGGAUACUGAAUGUUGGGAAUGGCAAGGUUCUUUCAACUGUCAGUGGUGAGGAUGAGGAGGAAUCAAGCUGGAUAGAAAUACCAAAUGAACUAUUGCUUCCUUCUACUGGUGAUGCAUUACAUUCAAUGGUGUCAGAAAUUUAUGGAGACUUGGCUAAUCUAUAUCAUGAUCAAUCUUAUCUCAAUGAAAGGGCGAUCAUCACUGGGACAAAUGACACUGUUGCUUUGGUUAAUUCUCAUGUGUUGUUAAUGCUACCAACAGAAGCACGAACGUACUAUAGUUUUGAUACUGUUUGCAAGACAUCUGAGGAUUCUACAAUGUCAAAUUUGCUAUAUACCACUGAUGUGUUGAAUUCAAUGACAUUUCAUGGUGUUCCUAAUCAUGAGUUGACAUUGAAGAAGUACGCUCCAGUCAUGUUGCUGAGAAAUAUAAACCAAGCCGACGGUCUAUGCAAUGGAACAAGGCUAUUAAUUACUCACCUUGGAGAUAGAGUUAUUGAGGCUCAAAUAUUGAGUGGCAGCCAUGUAGGGACAAAGGUUUGCAUUCCUCGGAUAAUCAUGGAUGGAAAGGAUAAAAAAUAUCCUUUCAUACUCAAGAGGAGACAAUUUCCUAUUAAAUUAUGCUACGCAAUGACAAUUAACAAAAGUCAAGGACAAACAUUAAAAAAGGUUGGAUUAUAUUUACCAAAACCUAUUUUCACACAUGGACAACUCUAUGUUGCCCUAUCACGUGUUACCUCAUACAGUGGCUUGAAAAUUAUGCUUGAGUCUAUCGAUGACAAAACAAAAGGUCAUACAAAAAAUAUUGUUUAUCAUGGGAUUUUUGAUGAGCUGCCUUCAGGUUAUGAGAGCGAUUUUGUUAUCCUGCAUGCAUCCUAG